UGGUUUAAUAAAGUCCCACAUCGUCGUUGUUUUAGUCGUAAUUCAACUGGCUUCCAGAUUGGUUGUGUCCAUUGUGGCUAUAGUCUUGGGAAGUAUUUUAUUUAAUAAACAUAAAAUAAUAUUUAACGUAGAAAGAUCAUUUUCGCUUAAAAACAAUAAUACAAUGUCCGUUAGUUUUGUCGAUGUUCCAAAGGGAAGUGAUUUCCCUUUACAAAAUUUACCUUAUGGUGUCUUUUCAACGCAAAGCAAUCCAGGAAAACGUUUAUGCGUAGCUAUUGGCAAUAAUGUUUUGGACUUAUCCGGAGUAGCUCACCUUUAUCCAGCACAAGUGCAGGACGCGCUGAAAUCAUCUACAUUGAACUUGUUAAUGAGCCUCGGCAACGACGCUUGGCACGCAGUAAGGACACGAACUCAUGAAUUGUUGUUGAAAAAUUCUGAAUUAGAACAUGAUGCUGCACUAGUUAAAAAAGUUAUUAUACCCCAAAAGGAGGUGGAAAUGCAUUUGCCUGCGGAUAUUGGUGAUUACACGGACUUCUACUCUUCCAUACAUCAUGCGACCAAUGUCGGUAUCAUGUUUCGUGGCAAAGAGAAUGCUUUAAUGCCAAAUUGGCGUCAUAUUCCAGUCGGUUAUCAUGGCCGUGCUAGUUCAGUUGUCGUGUCCGGCACACCAAUACGUCGCCCAUUGGGUCAAACAUUGCCCGUAGACGGCCAGCCUCCCCUAUUCGGCGCUUGCAAAUUAUUCGACUUUGAAUUAGAAAUGGCGUUUUUUGUGGGUGGACCUGGUAAUAAAUUGGGUGAACGUGUUCCCGUUGAAGAAGCAUGGAAAAAUGUCUUCGGUUUUACUAUAAUGAACGAUUGGAGCGCCCGCGAUAUACAGAAGUGGGAGUAUAUUCCAUUAGGCCCCUUCACAGCCAAAAAUUUAGGCACAACCAUAUCACCAUGGAUAAUACCUGUAGAAGCUUUGGAGCCAUUUAUUGUUAAUAAUUAUGCUCAGGAUCCACAAGUACUUCCCUAUUUAAAGCAUGAUAAGUCCUUCAAUUUCGACAUUAAUUUGCUGGUAUCUUUAAAACCUGAGCAUGGUGAAGAAACAUUAAUAUGCAAAUCCAAUUAUAAAUAUUUGUACUGGACGGCAAUGCAGCAAAUCGCUCAUCAUACAGUUACCGGAUGUAAUAUCAGACCAGGUGACUUAAUGGCAUCGGGCACCAUUAGCGGGGAAACCGAGGACUCCUUUGGUUCCAUGCUAGAAUUAAGCUGGCGCGGAACGAAACCAGUCAAACUCAAUGGAAAUCUUACUCGCAAAUUCAUAGAAGAUGGUGACGAAAUUAUUAUUCGUGGUUAUUGCGAACGCAAUGGUUUGCGUAUAGGUUUCGGUGAAUGCAGAGGAAAGGUCUUACCAGCCAUUCCUUUCAAGAAAUGAAAAUGAAGAAAAUCUCGUAAAUUAUUGUAUUAAAGGAGCAGCAUAACGCAGAGAAAAUCAUUCCAAUGCGGUAGAAUAAUGUGGUAGAUGAAAAUAUUUAGCAAAUAUUGUUUCGGUUUAAAAUUAGAAUAUAAAGUAGAGGAUAAGUUUACAGCGCAGUCCAGACUGUGUUGAAUAUGUCGUCCUUUUCGCCAACAAUCGCUAUAUGAUUAGAUCAAAAUCUAGUUAGCUAUAUUACUGGAAAACAAGAAAUGUCAAACUUCCAUAUCGUCGUAACGGUGCAACUAUUGCUGCGAAAUGCUUGUCUAGUUUAACUAAAUACAUUUCAAUUAAUAUUUCUUAAACGUUUUUAGAUUAUCUCGUAGAUUUUCUACAUUACCAGUUAAAAUUAUUCUUUCAAUUAUAGUCAGUUACUGGGCCUCAAAAACAUAAACAUUAGAAGAAGGAAUCUCUUGAUUACAAUAUUUUAAAUUUUAAUGAAAAUUUAUAAAAAUUCAAAAAAUCAUAUCUAAUUUCUCGUAAGGUUUUGCACUUUAUACACACUUUGUAUAUGAAAAGGCGAAUACAGGGCAAAUUUGAUAUAAACAAUACGUGAAGUCAAAUUGUUUGUACAUCUUCAAUCGUAA